AUGAUCGGUAAAUCAUACUUCCUCCUGUCACUUCUCCAAGUUGGACUGUCACAAGAGUGGAAAGGUGACACUCCACGAGAGGUGACAGCGCAGGAAGGUUCGUGUGUACAGAUUCCAUGUCAUUACAGUUAUCCAUCACAUUUGGAAAACCAACCACGAGUUGGAGUCUGGUUUAAUAAUGAGGAAUGGAGAACAUCGUCUACAGCCUUUCACUCCAAGGAUCACAGUCACGAGUUACCACGGUUCCACCAUCGGACCCGGCUGUCUGGAGACCUGAAAGAUAGCGACUGUUCUCUGAUUAUAAACAACAUCACACGGGAAGAUGCAGGAUCUUAUUAUUUCAGAAUAGAAUUUGACAGCAGAAAUAGAUACAGCUACUAUCCUGUAACCCAGCUUCACGUUUCUGAUGCACCACGGAAUCUCUCAAUUACUUCUCUUGGUAUGAUUAACGGUUCAUCAAUCAAUAUUAUUGAGGGGAAUUCUGCAAUGCACCACAGGAUCUCUCAUUUACUUCGCUUGAAAUGA